CCACUACCAAUAUCAUAACCCCACUACAACAAAUCGAAUAUUUUCCCAUUUCUCCAUACAUGUGCAUGCCAUGACCACCAUUCCAUUUUUCUUUUUUCCAAAUACCCACAGUUUCCCUCUCCCUAAGCCAGUCUUUCAGUAUAGUCACCACCUUGCUUUUAUUCUCUAUGGAGAAUAAUAGAAAAUUUGAAAUUAGCUAAUAAAAUAAAAAUAAAAAGGGAAUGCCCCAAUCGGUCAAGAUAUCCACUCCACCACCACAAAUCACAAAGCUUUCUUUCCCUUUUUUUUUUUUAUAAAGAAAAUGAAGAAUCCAACGGUGGAGGGACAACCAUCCGCGGAGACACGGAGCCGCUCGCGCCCAACUCUUUGGAAUCUGACCCUUUCUUUUCCUUACUACUGCCCUCCGCUAGUUAAAUACAGUCACCCACCCACUAGCCCACUACUCAACCAACUCAACCCUAGUUAACUGCAUAACACAACCCAUGCUUCAAUUUCUGCUUCCUCUUUAUAUAUAUAUACCACCUUCCCCUCUUCCUUGCAAGCUUAAUUUCUCUUCUCUAUCUUCCUACGUCUCUUGUCUUUGCUUAUCCGCUAUCUUUUCUAGCUCCUGUUCCCUGUGAAUUCUUCAAGGUAACCAUUUUGGGUCUGGGUUGGGUUUUGUGUUCGUGUUCAUGUGAGUGUUGAGGUAGAAAACAAUGAGUUGCAACGGGUGCAGAGUCUUACGCAAAGGGUGCAGCGAAACCUGCAUUCUACGCCCGUGUUUACAGUGGAUCGAUACCCCUGAAGCUCAAGGCCACGCCACCGUCUUCGUCGCUAAGUUCUUCGGCCGAGCUGGCCUCAUGUCUUUCAUUUCAGCAGUCCCCGAAAGCCAGCGUCCUGCUUUGUUUCAAUCGUUAUUAUUUGAAGCCUGCGGUAGAACCGUGAAUCCUGUAAACGGUGCUGUAGGGCUGUUGGGGACCGGAAACUGGCACGUUUGCCAAGCUGCUGUAGAAACUGUUCUACGCGGCGGCACGCUGCGGCCGUUGCCUCAGCUUCUCGCAGCUGGAGGAUCUUCGUUCCCAGCUUCCGACGAAGCGUCUGAAGCAGAAGUGGCCUGUACGGACAUGUGGAAACUCCAGGAUCCAAAUCCGAACCCCCAUUCCCGAUUCUCCAAUUCAAGAUCCAAAGGUUCACCAAAACGGAAACGAACCGACGAAAUUAAGCAGCAACAACUGCAGCUACAGUUUCCACGGAGGGUUCUGGAUCUUCAGCUGACACCGAUCUUUUCCCCAAAGACAGCCCUACGUAAACCGGAAAUACGGCGCCCGGAGACUCCGUCGAUGAAUUCAGAGGAGUCAGUGACGACGACGACAACAACGUGCCUGGAGAGCGGGCUGGGAUAUCAAUACGGGAAUGGAGGAGAGAAAAAGCUCCUGAAUCUAUUUGUCUAGGAAGAUAAAAAGUAGUGCUUUGCUUAAUUUUGUGAAUCUGACAUCCCCGUCAUGGGAGUUAGUCCUUUUUGAUAAUUUUUGGUUAGUUUUCCCCCGGAAUUGGAUUAUUCUCCGGCGAGUUUUUGUACAUCACCGGUAGAAGAUUUCUCUUGUGAGUGGCCAAGGGAACAAAUGAAUUUGCCAGUGAUUGUCCUGCUAAAUUUCUGUUGUGAUGACUGUAUGAAAUGAAUAAUAAAACAAAUUACUUUCUUUUUUAUUUAAA